GAUGACAUUCAUUCUUCUUGCGCGGCUUGCACCAUCCUGCCGGAAACGGUGCUGCCGAUGUCUGCGAACCAGAUCUUGGCGUUGAAGUCUACUGGACUUCUCUUUCCUCCUCUCCGUCUUCUUGAAGGAUAACCUCUAGAUGCGUUCGAGUGUCUUUCCUCAAAUAUGAAAGCCUUCGGGCACAAAGGCCUGGGGCUUCUCGGGUAUCUGAUCUGUCUGAGAACACUAGAGAUCCUGAUGAGAGAUAGAGCGUUUCGCGAGGAGGCAAAGCCGUUGCAAAGGAACACAGUGGAAGAUGACUUCGAGGUUAAUCAAGUUGUUCUCGUGGAGCGCGCAAGCCAGAAUACCACGAUUCCCGCCCCCAUAGUAGCUAGUGUAUCCCAAUAUUGGGAGGGAAAUGACGGUACCUGGUCGUCAUUCACAAUUCAGGUUGGCCAAAAACCGCAGAAUGUGCGAAUCCUACCAUCGACAGCUUCAACCUCGACGUGGGUCAUCUAUGAUCAAGGCUGUCCAUCCGACGCACCAAACAAUUGCAGAGAUAGCCGCGGAGGAACCUUCAAUCCAAAUAAUUCGCUUACCUGGGUCCCGAAUUCGAUUUUCGAGCUGGGAGUUGAAAGCAACCUCGAAUUCAAUGUCUUUGGCGACUUCGGAUUUGAUUCCGUGACGUUGGGAUGGCCGGGUUCUGGUGGACCAUCUGUCGAGCAUUCAAUUGUGGCAGGGGUUGGGGAUACCACUUUCUCGUGGUUGGGUGUGUUAGGACUGAAUCCAAGGCCGACGAACUUUUCGACGUUUCUGAAUAAUCCUCAGGUCGGUUUUGUCCAAGCGCUCAAGAACCAGAAUAAUAUACCGAGUGUAUCUUGGUCGUAUACCGCCGGUGCACCAUACAGACUGAAUAAAGUCUUCGGCUCACUCGUCAUUGGCGGCUAUGACGAAUCUCGCUUCGACAUUCCCUCAACUACUUCUUCUAAUCUAACCUUCCCCUUUUACACCGACAUAUCACGGGAUAUUCUUGUCGGAAUAGCCUCUAUAACGACAAGCAACAGCACAUCUUCAAGCUCCAGCACCCCCCUCCUCAAAAACGGCAUAUUCGCCUUCAUCGACUCGACCGUGCCGCACCUGUGGCUCCCAGAAUCCGUAUGUUCAUCUUUCGAAUCCGCAUUUGGUUUGACCUGGAACGCUUCUUCUAAGCAAUACACACUAAACACAACACAACACAACACGCUCACCAAACUAAAUCCCAGUAUCACCAUCACACUAGCGCCUCAGCUUCCUGCAACAUCUGUCGAGAACUCCGUCUCCAUAACUCUACCUUAUUCCGCAUUCGAUCUCAACAUCUCGUGGCCACACGCUUCCACCACAACGUAUUAUUUUCCUCUCAAGCGUGCCGCAAACGAAACCCAAUACACCUUGGGCCGCGCGUUCCUCCAAGAAGCUUACUUAAUAGCGGACUAUGAGCGCUCCAACUUCUCUGUUUGGCCAUGCUCAUGGGGUUCCAACACCAACAAUGCCAAAAUUGUAGGUAUACGUUCCGUAAACGACACCUCAAUCAACUCAUCAAACCCUCUUACUGGGAAUGGUGGCGGUGGCAGUAGUGGUAAAGGCGUUCUUUCUACGGGAGCAAUCAUGGGAAUGGCAGUCGGGAUUGCGGUCCUUGUGCUUGGAAUCUGCCUAGGCUUAAUCUUGUACAUACGUCGACGCCACCAGAGCGGCAGAAGAAGCUUUGAACUAGAGGGCACGAGUACAUCUCUCGACCCGCUGCCAGCUGGGGCUACGUACCAGCAAAAGGAUGGACCGCUUGAAGAACUGGACUCAAGAGCCCGGCAUGAACUACCUGGGCAUCACAAAUUCGGACUCUUGGAAGCUCCUGACGCAGAGAGGAAAUUUGAGAUGGAUGGGUCGAGUUUGCCGACUGAAGCCGGUGGAAGGGAAACAUCUCAUGAUGGUCAGAACCCAGCGAUUUAUGAAAUGGAUGCGGCCGAGCAUAUCUCUCGGCCAGCUAUAUUUAUACAGCCACCCACUGCAGUAUCGCCAGGUCCUGGAGCGGGGCUGCCGUCGCCACUACCAACGUCCGGUGAAAUUGGUGUGGCUCAAGAAACAGGGAUGGAGAGGAGACUCGGACAUGGAGCAGAUAGAGUAGGGAGAAGGGACAAGGCAAGAUGAAGAACGAAGACAAAUUGAGGAAUGACGUGCCACGAGCCACCGCCUGAACUGUUUGCCCCUUUGGUUGAC